CUGAUUAUUAUUGACAUUUUGACCGACAUGAAAUCCUACGGAGACGCAGAAUGGUACACAGAAUUCCCAGCUUUUGCCAUUUUUGCCUGAAAGAUGCAUGUCUUCUCUAGUACUCGCAAAAACAGUUGAAAUUCUGUAGAAAAGCAGAAAUCUUUUGAUUGUUAUCAACUCAGAAUCAGUUCAGGAUUCCGUUACCCAAAAGAAAAGCUCGAAGGUCACCCCUGUUGAAGAUUCAUAGCGUCCUAUCAGUUAGAUUUUGUUUUCUUGAAAAGUGAAAACCCACCCCAAAACAAAAGAGAAAUUGAAAAAAAUUCUUAUAUCCUUAUCAAACACUGCGAACUGCGUAUACAGAAAUACUAACCAUUCGGUCUGAUCGAAUUGGGAUACUAAGAAAAUGGGGUCGUUGAAGAACCAGGAGGAUGAGCUGGAACAGGCGGGAGAGAAGGCGAUACUGUACGUUAAUGGAGUUCGUAAAGCUUUGCCUGAUGGGUUGGCCCACAUGACUCUGCUCGAGUAUCUCAGAGAUAUCUGUCUGACGGGGACCAAGCUUGGUUGUGGGGAAGGUGGUUGUGGAGCGUGCACUGUUAUGGUUUCUCAUUAUGAUAAAAAUUUUAACAAAUGCACGCACUAUGCUAUUAAUGCAUGCUUGACUCCUCUUUAUUCUGUGGAAGGGAUGCAUGUAAUUACCGUGGAGGGAGUGGGGAACCGCAAACAUGGUUUGCACCCAAUUCAAGAAGCAUUGGCAAAGUCACAUGGCUCACAAUGUGGAUUUUGUACCCCUGGUUUUAUCAUGUCCUUGUAUGCAUUUCUUAGGUCAUGUCAGAUACCACCUAGUGAGGAGCAGAUUGAAGAAUGCCUUGCAGGAAAUUUGUGUCGAUGCACAGGAUAUAGACCAAUUGCUGAUGCAUUUCAAGUCUUUGCCAAAACAAAUGAUACUCUGUAUACAGAAAGGUCUUCUCUAAACCUCCAAGGAGGUGAUUCUGUUUGUCCUUCUACUGGUAAGCCUUGUUCAUGUAAAUCCAAAGCUCUGAGUGGUACAAACUCCACCAAACAAUGCGUGCCAUUUGGUGAUAGGUGCCAACCUAUCUUUUUCAGUGAGAUAGAUGGAAGCAGAUAUGUAGAAAAAGAACUUAUCUUUCCCCCUGAGCUAUUGUUGAGGAAAUCAGCUUUUUUAGAUUUGUGUGGUUUUGGUGGGCUUAAGUGGUAUCGGCCCUUAAGACUUCAGCAAGUGCUAGAGUUAAAAGCAAAAUAUCCAGAUGCAAAGUUAUUGGUGGGUAAUUCUGAGGUGGGGAUUGAAAUGAGGCUGAAGAGAAUGCAAUAUCAGGUUUUGAUUUCUAUUACACAUGUGCCUGAACUUAAUGUCUUGAGUGUGAAGGAGGAUGGCAUGGAGAUAGGAGCUGCGGUAAGGCUCUCUAAACUCUUGCAUGCUUUUAGAAAGGUUGUAAGAGAUCGUGAUGCUCGUGAAACAUCUUCUUGUAAGGCUUUCGUCGAACAGUUGAAAUGGUUCGCUGGAACGCAGAUUAAAAAUGUUGCAUCUAUUGGUGGGAAUAUAUGUACAGCCAGUCCAAUAUCAGACUUGAACCCUCUCUGGAUGGCGUCAAAUGCAAAGUUUCAAGUUAUUGAUUGCAAAGGAAACAUCAGAACAGUCCUGGCUGAAAAGUUCUUCCUGGGUUACCGUAAGGUGGAUCUAGCAAGAGAUGAAAUACUACUCUCAGUAUUCUUACCAUGGACUAGGCCCUUUGAGUACGUGAAAGAGUUUAAGCAGGCUCACCGUCGAGAUGAUGAUAUUGCAAUCGUAAAUGCUGGAAUGCGCGUUUAUCUUCAGGAAAAAAGUGAAAACUGGGUCAUAUCUGAUGCAAGCAUUGUUUAUGGUGGGGUUGCUCCAAUCUCUCUUUCUGCGGUGGAAACAAAAGAGUUCCUUGUUGGGAAGUAUUGGAACCAGGAGCUAUUGCAGGAUGCUUUGAAAAUCUUACAAAGGGAUGUCUUUCUAAAGGAAGAUGCUCCUGGUGGGAUGGUGGAAUUUCGGAAAUCUUUGACACUUGGUUUCUUCUUCAAAUUUUUCCUUUGGGUUUCUCAUCAAAUGGACAGGAAGAAUUCUAUUGAGAUUGUUCCAAUAUCUCAUCUAUCUGCCAUACAAUCAUUCCACCGCCCGCCUGUUAUGGGAAGUCAGGACUACGAAGUCAGAAGACAUGGGACUGCUGUGGGUUCUCCUGAGGUUCAUCUUUCAUCGAGACUUCAGGUUACAGGAGAGGCAGAAUACACUGAUGACACACGGUUGCCUCCUAAUGGUUUGCAUGCAUCAUUAGUAUUGAGCAGAAAACCUCAUGCCCGUAUACUUUCCGUAGACGACUCUGGAGCCAAGUCUUCACCGGGGUUUGCAGGCAUGUUUCUGGCUAAAGAUGUGCCCGGUAAUAAUAAGAUUGGAGCAGUUAUAUAUGAUGAGGAACUAUUUGCUACGGAAUUUGUAACUUGUGUUGGUCAGGCUAUAGGAGUGGUGGUUGCUGAUACACAUGAAAAUGCAAAAAUAGCAGCAAGAAAAGUUCAUAUUGAGUAUGAAGAGCUCCCGUCUAUCUUAACAAUACAGGAUGCCAUUAAUGCUGAAAGUUUCCAUCCUAACACGGAGAAAUGUUUGAGAAAAGGGAAUGUGGACCUUUGUUUUCAAUCUGGUCAGUGUGACAAGAUCAUAGAGGGGGAUGUUCAAGUGGGAGGUCAGGAACAUUUUUACUUGGAGCCACAGGGCAGUAUGAUAUGGACUGUGGAUGGUGGCAACGAAGUUCAUAUGAUCUCAUCCACUCAAGCCCCUCAGAAACAUCAGGCCUAUGUUUCUCGUGUUCUUGGUCUUCCACUUUCAAAAGUGGUUUGCAAAACUAAGCGAAUUGGCGGUGGAUUUGGUGGAAAGGAGACAAGAUCAGCUUUCAUUGCUGCGGCGACGUCUGUUCCGUCAUAUCUGUUGAAUUGUCCUGUAAAACUGACUUUGGACAGGGAUAUAGAUAUGAUGAUAACUGGGCAGAGGCAUAGCUUUCUUGGAAAGUACAAGGUUGGGUUCACAAAUGAGGGGAAAGUACUUGCACUGGAUCUUGAAAUAUACAAUAAUGCUGGAAACUCGCUGGAUCUUUCUCUUGCUGUUCUCGAACGUGCUAUGUUUCACUCGGACAAUGUCUACGAGAUACCAAACAUGAGGAUUGUUGGAAGGGUUUGUUUCACUAAUAUUCCCAGUAACACUGCCUUUCGAGGGUUUGGCGGUCCUCAAGGUAUGCUUAUUACUGAAAAUUGGAUUCAAAGAAUUGCAGUAGAACUGAAGAAAAGCCCAGAAGAAAUAAGAGAAAUUAAUUUUCAAGGGGAAGGUUCAAUAAUGCAUUAUGGCCAACAACUUCAACACUGCACCUUGUCCCAGCUCUGGAGUGAGCUUAAGUUAUCUUGUGACUAUUUAAAUGCUCGUGAAGAAGUUAACAAAUUUAAUGCUAAUAACCGAUGGAGGAAGCGUGGUAUUGCCAUAGUUCCGACCAAAUUUGGCAUCUCAUUUACAGCAAAGUUAAUGAACCAGGCUGGUGCUCUUGUACAUGUUUAUACUGAUGGAACUGUUUUAGUUACGCAUGGAGGUGUUGAGAUGGGCCAAGGUUUACACACAAAAGUUGCUCAGGUUGCUGCUUCUGCCUUUAAUAUCUCUCUCAGUUCUGUCUUUAUAUCAGAGACAAGUACUGACAAGGUUCCGAACUCAUCACCAACAGCAGCUUCUGCAAGUUCUGAUAUAUAUGGAGCUGCAGUUUUGGAUGCAUGUGAGCAAAUAAAGGCACGUAUGGAGCCCAUCGCUUCACAAAACAAUUUCAGCUCAUUUGCUGAGCUGGCAAAUGCAUGCUAUAUGGAGCGAAUAGACCUUUCAGCACAUGGAUUCUACAUUACACCUGAUAUUGACUUUGACUGGAGGACUGGUCAAGGAAACCCAUUCAGGUACUUCACAUAUGGUGCUGCCUUUGCUGAGGUUGAAAUUGACACAUUGACUGGAGAUUUUCACACAAGGGCAGCAAACAUUUUCAUGGAUCUUGGAUAUUCUAUCAAUCCAGCAAUUGAUGUUGGACAGAUUGAAGGAGCCUUUAUACAAGGUUUAGGUUGGGUAGCCCUUGAAGAACUAAAGUGGGGAGAUGCAGCUCAUAAAUGGAUCCCACCUGGCUGGCUUUACACUUGUGGACCUGGAAGUUACAAAAUUCCUUCUAUGAACGACGUCCCCUUCCAUUUCAAUGUUUCACUUCUUAAGGGUCAUCCGAAUGUGAAGGCCAUCCAUUCAUCUAAAGCUGUUGGGGAGCCUCCAUUUUUCCUGGCUUCGUCUGUCUUCUUUGCCAUCAAAGAUGCCAUUGCAGCUGCAAGAGCAGAAGUGGGUUCUAACGACUGGUUUCCUCUGGAUAAUCCGGCAACACCUGAACGCAUCCGGAUGGCUUGUUUGGAUGAGUUCAUCACACCAUUUAUUAGCUCCGACUUCCGCCCCAAGCUCAGCGUUUGAUGCGCCACUCCUGUUUCAUAUGCAAUUGUAGUUUCCUUGUCGAUAUAUCCUGAAAAUUUCCCCACACACAGUUACUGUGGUUUAGUAUAUUCAUCACAAUGUAGCUCAUCUCUGAAGAUCCGAAGCAACAUCAUCUUUUUUUUUUUUUUUUCAAAGAAAGGGACGAUAUCCAAUAAGUGAGAGCUGUUCAGAAUAAUGUCACGUACUUGACCAUUUCGCUUGAGAUGUGAUAAUGUAAUUAGUUUUAUGCAUAAUGCAAAGCCCCUGUGCUAAAAUUUGCUCAGUCGGCAAUUGAAAGGGACA